AUGUUGUUAACUCGUCGAUUCCACCGCAUCAGAAGUUUAUCGACAUUCAGGUAUACUUAUAACUUUUUUUAUAUUAGAUGAAAGAUUUUUCAGUGGUUUAACGUCUGAAGAGUUCCUGAAAAAAAAAGUCAAUGAACCGAUAUUGGAGUACAAAAAAGGCAGCCGGGAACGGAAGGCACUGGAGCAAGAAUUGUCGCACUAUAGUAAAGUAUUUUGCUUUUUGUUUAAUUAUUUGGUAAUUUUAUUUGAGAAUGUAACCGAAGUUCCACUGCGGAUCGGUAACAAAAAAAUAACGAACAAUUUGGAAAGAAAACAAGUGAUGGUUGGUUUAGUCGUCUUUUCUAAUUUUACAGCGACUUUUUCAUAGCCGAGCGACCACAAAUCAACGCUAGCUCGAUUUACGCAUGCAACCAAAGAACAAAUUACGGUGAUUUGGAUAGAGUUCGAAAUUAUUAGAUUUUUGAGUUUCAGGAAGCUAUUGAUGUAGCACUUCAAGCUCGUGUUUCUUGGGAGAAGAAAUCUUUGAAGUUUUUUUCUUUAAUGAAAAAAGGAUUCUUUUUUUCUUUCCUGCAGAGACCGAGCCGAAAUCCUUCUUAAAGCAGCGGAUUUAUGUGCAGGAAAAUACCGAAUGAGCUUGAAUGCGACGACGAUGUUGGGACAAGGCAAAAACAUCAUUCAGGUGCUCUCAUUUAUUUUGAUUGAUUAGAACUUCAAUUAUGAUCAUCAAAAGAAUUACAGGCAGAAAUAGAUGCAGCUUGUGAACUUAUUGAUUUCUUCCGGUUUAAUGCCGUUUUCGCCAUGGACUUGGAGAAAUAUGAACCUAUUUCUACUAAAUUGAGCAAGAAUACCUUACACUUCCGAGGGAUGGAGGUUUAGAGAAUGUUCUAAUCCGCAUUAGAAAGAAAAGGUUUUUAGGGGUUCGUGGCAGCGAUUGCUCCGUUCAACUUCACUGCUAUCGGCGGCAAUUUGCCAACGGCGCCUGCUCUGAUGGUUUGAAAAACGCUUUUUUUUCAUCGAGUCCAUGUUUUUUUCAGGGCAACGUUUCUCUCUGGAAGCCUUCUGACACCGCAGUUCUUAGCAAUUACAUAAUCUACCAAAUUUUAGAAGAAGCCGGUUGGUUAGAAACCUACAAGAGAACCCUUUUGUUUUCACACAGGAAGUGAAGUCGCAUGAUUUAUCCCGAAAUAACUAUGGAAAUUUCAACAAAUUUAUACUAUUUCUGGUUUUUGGUCUACGAUUUCGACUUUUGGAAUAUUUUCGUGAAUUUUUCAUGAUACUAAUUUUUGAUAAAUAUGAGAAAAAAAAUUUUUCAAAAUGUUUUUUUUUCUAGAUUUGGAUCAUUUUUAUCAUUUUUUUUUUCACUGAAAUUGGCUCGUGUGUUUGUACGCGAAUUCAGAAAUAAAGAGACUGAUUCGUUUUCAGGCAUGCCACCUGGAGUCCUCUCGUUCCUCCCUUCGCAUGGCCCCGAUUUCGGUGACGCCGUGACAUCAUCUCCUCAUCUGAGGUUAUUUUCCAGCCGUUGCAAACUUCAUUGGUUUUGUUUCUAGUGCUAUCAACUUUACUGGCUCCGUGCCAACUUUCAAGCAUCUCUGGAGACGCGUCGCCGACAACUUGGACCGUUACGUCACUUUCCCUAAACUCAUCGGAGGUUUUAGCAUUUUUCAAAUCCUUCAUGGUUAUUCAUCUGCAGAGUGUGGUGGGAAAAAUUUUCAUUUCAUUCAUCCGUCUGCACACCUCGAUUCAGUAGCCACAGGUUUUUUCAACAUUUGUUUCAAUAUACUAUUUAAACUCCGUUUUCAGGAACAAUUCGGUCGGCGUUCGAAUAUUCUGGUCAGAAAUGUUCGGCCUGCUCCAGAAUGUACGUGCCGAAGUCUAUCUGGGAGACGCUGCUCAAGAAGUUGUCGGAAAUCCACUCUCAGCUGAAAGUUGGAGACGUUCGUUCCUCCUGUCCAGCCAUAUAUGGUCAUGGGUAGAAUUUCAGGUUCGAGACGGCUCUGUUUUCAUGUCUGCCGUGAUCGACGACAAAUCUUUCGACAGAGUCAAAAAAUAUAUAGGUCCGCUAAGAGUCUUUUCAUAUGCAUUGCUCAAUCUGAAGAUUACGCCAAAACGGGAGCUGAUGGUGCGAAAAUUCGCCUCGGUGGUACUUAUGACGACUCGAAGGGAUAUUUCGUUCAACCUACCAUCAUCACGGUCACCAAUCCGAAGAGCAAACUUCUCACGGAGGUUUGCUAGUUUUCGAGAAGACUCACCGAGUUUUUCUGACUCUAAAGGAGAUCUUCGGCCCUGUUCUGACGGUGUACGUGUACAACGACGCUGACGUCGACAAGGUGCUCGAAAGUGUGAAAGACGCGACUCCGUUUGGUCUGACCGGCGCCGUUUUCUCUCAAGACAAGGACUUCCUCUACAAGUAAAUGCGGCCUUUUGUUUAUGAGUUGACUUUUGAUCAGAGCUCGCGACGUUCUGCGAGACGCGGUCGGCAACAUGUACCUCAACGACAAAUCCACUGGUUCCAUCGUCGGACAACAACCUUUCGGCGGCGCUCGUCUCUCUGGUUAGUUUAAUCGGGUCGUAUCGCCUUUCAAGCCGACAGAACUUCACAUCAAAGCGUCGAUUCGUUCAGGUACGAACGACAAGGCCGGCGGCCCUCACUACGGAAUUCGCUGGACGUCGCCUCUGACCAUCAAGGAGACCUCGGUGCCCCUUUCUGAUUGGCGCUAUCCGUCCAUGGACUGAAAAUCCAUUUGUACCCACCAAUUGUUUUUUUUUAUCCGGUUUUCUCAUGAUUCCUCGGUCAAAGUUUGUAGAAAGUGUUAGCUUUUGUCGUCGUAUUUAGAUAUUGGACAUAAUAGAUUUACAUAAUAAAAACAAAUUGCAUAAUAAAUAGCUUGAAAGCCCCACCAGUCAUUAUUGCUUUAUCCUUUCGUUACUGUUUUUUUUCGCACUCACCAAUGAAUUCGUUAUUAUUAUUACUUCUUUUUUUCUCUGAAUCAGUAUGCGGUUUUCGCCCUGCAGCUAUAUUUUCCACAUUUUGAUUUUUCUUUGAGUGAUUUUUAUGCAGAGAAACGGUGAUGGGCUGCGGACAAAUAACAGAUUGGACGGAUGUUUCUUUCGAGUGUGAGUUCGGCUUUGAACUUUCACUGGCAGUCAUUUCCCUCAUGCGGAGGAACACGAAACCUUUUAUUUUUUAUGAAUUAUGUUUGAGAAAAAGAAUGAUUCCAAAGAAAAAAGGAAAUUUUGAACUUGCAGUCGGACGAACGGCUUUGCGCUCGUGGCGAGAGACGGGCGUCCGCAGAAGCGAAGAAGCCGUCGAACUCUGGGAACACGUCAUCAGCCGAUCUCCCCUUACUCUCGGCGACGAACGGUGGCCUGUUUACGAGCAGGUAACACACAAUAUUCACAAGUUAAUCGUUCAAAUUUUUCUAAAAUUACGAGAAGCACUUUUCAUUUAUCAACUACAGCCUUCCACACAAGUUUAAUUACACCUCGAAAGAUCCUAUAGAAAAAUGACUAAUUAACCUAGCAGAAAACGUAGUGCGGUCGAAGUAAAGAGGCUCAGACAUUCCAAAAACUCUUUUUAUUUUUGAAGAUCAGCUUCAUCUCAAAAUAAAUCCUCCUCAUAAAAUUUUUUCAAAAAGUUACACUUAAAAGAGUCAAUCGGAUCGAUGCAGCCGAACUGGUAGAAAAACUGAAAUGGCCUGUGAAAUUAUAAAAAAUUCUUAUAAAUACUCGAAACUUUUUUAUUCUCCUAUUUGACGUUUUUAUAGGAUGUUCAAUACUUUGAGAGCUCGGAAAAGCUUGAGUCGAUCCAUAAGAGAUUCUAAACAACGUUAUAUCUCAUCCUUCAUAUGUCAUUUUUGAACAAAAAUUACGCAAACCAUUUUAGUUGGAACCGACUAUUCUCAAAAACAAAAAAUUUGUGAAAGCUUCAAUAUUCAACUACAACAAGAACGUUUUUCAGAAACCAUGUAAUUUCAAGCAAAAAAAGAUCUUAUGGAAAAAGUUGAAAAUCCACUUUUUAGUUAUUUUCAGUGUUUGGGAGCUAGGAAUUUUGGUUCGUUCUGAACACCUCAUAAUAUUAUUUAAAUUUGUUUAAAAACGUUGUUAUGCACAACAUAUAAAAAAAUUUUUAGUAGAUUCUGAUCGCUUACCAGACCGAAUUUAUAGCCAAAAAAACCAAAUAGGUUUUUUUCGUUAUGGCCAGCACUGUAUAUUGAAUAUCUCAAUAGAAGUUCAGAUUUGCGUAGCGGCUCUAGACUGUGCUCGCGUCGAUCUGGCGCAGUCCUGCAUCGAGGCUUUGGAGACGAGGUUCCCGAACAGCAAACGCGUCCAGAAGCUGCACGCGAUGCGUCACGAGGCCACCGACCAGUAGGCCCCUCUGCCGAAUCGCCAGAUCACUUCUUAGUUUUCAGGUAUCCGGCUGCCGUCGACAUCUAUGAUCAGUUGAUUGAGGCUGAUCCCACCAACAAUGUUGUCUCCCAUUAUUUUGAAACAUUUCAAAUCGAUUUCAGGGCUUUCGGAAAAGAAAGAUUGCUGCGCUUUUGGGUCAGGGAAAACGUCUGAGCGCGAUCAAGGAGUUGAAUGAAUACCUCAAGGUGUUAACUUUGUUUCACAUUUUUCGCAACUUCUUACUUCAGAUUUUUCUGAAUGACGUCGAGGCAUGGCUCAAGCUGAGCGAGUUGUUUCUCCAGGAAAAUGACCUUAGCAAGGCGGCUCACUGUUUGGAGGAAUGCGUCCUCGUCUCGGUACGAUAGCAACGAAUGCAUAUAAAUAAUUAGUAAUAUUAAGCCACUGAAUUCAAUGUAUCUACGGCGGCUCGCGGACAUCCGCUACACUCAGGUGCGAUCCUUAUGGGACCUUUUUUGGUUCAAAAUAGCUUUCCUCAGGGAGGUCAGGAAAACAUAGAACUGGCGCGAGCUUACUACGAGAGAGCAGUCAAGCUUCACCCCAACGACAUGCGUUCGCUCUAUGGAAUCACUUUGGUUUGUCCUCAGAGAUUCGAGGUUUUUGAAAUUUCCAUUCAGUGCUCUAAUCAACUAGCUUCGCUGCUGAAAACCGCCAGUGAAAAGAAAAAGUCGGCACAAACGGCGUCGAAUUCUCUCAACUCCAUCAUCAACAGAUAUUCAAAAGUGAUGAACUUAUUUUUCGAAUAAGAAUAACAUUAUAUCUUUCUCCAGGUAAAAAACGAUGAGAAUCCUGAAGCGGAUUCCCUUGUAAAAACUCUACAGACACUAAAGAAUAAUUUUUCCAAAUAA